AUGCCUUCAUUUUUCGACCCAGCAGCACCGAAAAAGGCUCCUCGUCCACCACGACAACUGAUAUCUGACUUGAUGUUUCCAGAAUUGGAACGUCAGUUGUCGGACGACCCUGCUCUUUGGCCAAACCUGAACGGACUAAUCAAGCCGGUAAUCACAAAGCUGAAGCAAGCGUCACGACAGGCUAGCGGGGAAAAAGUGCCUGUUGUCAAGCUGCAAGUUGAAGAUGGAGAUGUGCUGAACUUUGUUGCAGGAGGCUUAACAGGUGUAAAGGCAUACACGGCACGUCGUAUCAAAGUGCGUGGCGACUUGGUGCUGGCUCAGCGUCUCGAGAAGUUGUUUGAAAAGGCCGGUGGUCGUGAGCGCGCAAUGCAGUUUGUUCAACGAAACGAGCAUUUGUUUGGCCUGUCUACCACAGCAAGCAAACUCUAA